AACACUCUCAGGCAUGCUGAGAACAGACAGCAGAGAAAGAAACUGAGACAGAGAAAGAGGGAGUGUGUGAGAGAUACAGACUGAAAGACAAAGGAAACAGACACGGGAACCCAGAAAAGGGGGAAAAAAAACCUCAUAAUUCUCUUGCAACAAUUUGCUGGCUUAGCUCCUCUGCUAUCUGAGACUUUUUUGUGCCACUUUGCUGAGUUCAUUAUGGCAAGACUGUUCAAAGUAUGCAUCUGUGAGUUGCACGAAGGCUGAACUAUUACAGACCACAAACGGAUAUGAGACAAGGAUGAAUUGAGUCUUACCCCAUUCUCUCUUUUUUUUUGUUCCAUCCAACAAUAGAGACUGAGAGAGACACCGAGCGAGGAAGGGAGAGUGAGAAUAAUAAUUAAAAAUCUGCUCCCAUGCGCUUGGUGUUGCAGCCACUGAAAGAUGGAUGUGAGAUUUUAUCCCACAGCCCCAGCUACAGUGGGUGCCUUACCUGCUGACCCAACCUGCCUCGGCUCUGCCUCAUGCCUGGAACAUUAUUACUGCAAUAAGUUUGAUGGGGACAAUAUGUAUAUGAGUCUGACCGAUGCCAACCAGGAUUACCUGCCUGCCAAUCAGUCCUUCGCUGGCCAGGGGCUGGGUGAUGAAGACUAUGAGAUUCCUCCUAUCACUCCUCCAAACCUCGGAGACCCAUCCUUUCUUCAUCUGAUGGAUCCUCAUGCAGGCUACCAUUCCCUGUGCCAUUCGGUACCUCCCAAUGGCCUGCUUCCUCAAUACGCUUACCAAGGCAUGGACCUUCCAGCAAUAAUGGUCUCCAACAUGCUGGGCCAGGAUGGCCAUCCACUAUCAAGCCAACUACCUAUGAUGCAUGGAAUGGGUCAUCCAGAAGGUCCUCAGUACGAUUCAGGACCUCAACACCCAUUGGUCAGUCGGUCAGGAAUCAUGCCGCCUAGUCACAUGCCUGCCAUUAGCCAUUCACAACUGAAUGCUCAGGUCAGCCUGAAUGUGGGUAGAAGCAUUCUGACCCACGGCUCUCCCUCACCCCCUGGAAGCAAGUCUGCCACCCCCUCACCCUCAAGCUCAGCGCAUGAAGAGGAGGCCGAUCACUUGUCCAAGAUCGGCGGGGAGAAGAGACCGUCAGUGGACAUGGGCAAGAAGACGAAGACACAGAAGAAAAAGAAGAAGAAGGAUCCGAAUGAGCCACAGAAGCCGGUCUCCGCCUACGCCCUGUUCUUCAGGGAUACACAAGCUGCGAUCAAAGGUCAAAACCCCAAUGCCACCUUCGGAGAUGUUUCCAAAAUCGUUGCUUCAAUGUGGGACGGUCUGGGAGAGGAGCAGAAACAGGCGUACAAGAGGAAAACGGAGGCUGCAAAAAAGGAAUACUUGAAAGCACUCGCUGCGUAUAGAGCCAGUUUAGUAUCCAAGAGCUACAGCGACCAAGUGGAAACGAAGAAUGGGCAAACGUCUCAACAAUCACACAUGAUCCCCCCCAAACAGCCGCUCUACACCCUGCCACCCCAGACCUCAUCCCCUUACAUCGGACCAAAUUCCUUCCUCCCUCAGUCAGAGCUGCAAACGUACUCAGGCCCUUCUCACCGCAACCUCUCGCGGACCCUCACCUCCAAGACGGUCAUGCCGCAGAUGCCACUGAGCGGCUCACCACCUCCUUCACUCCAGAUCAGCCCUCCUCUGCACCAGCAGCUCUCCCUCCAGCACCAUCACCACCAGCAGACUGCUGCCCUCAACCAGUCCAUCUCCAUGCAACAAGUGCAGAGCCAACCAAUCAUCUCCCACCAGAUGCCAUUGCCAGUCCAACCUCAGCUUCACUCUCCACCAGGACAGCAGGGAUAUGCUCACAUUCAGUCAGAAUUUCAGAACACAGUCAGUGCCCAGUCUCCUGGUUCUGGUGCUUCAAACCCCUCAGUACAAAGCAGUGAAUGGGAUAAUGAAUACUGCAACAAUGAGUGUGUCAUCAACCACUGCAGCAUGUUACCAAGGGACAAGCCACUCUACCUCACCUGAGCUCACAAGACCUUCUUUACUUGGACUUCACCAAGGGAGUUACCAGCCCAACAGAUGCCCCAGAUGUUGGUAACACUGAGGACGUUAAACGAGCCAGUCACCAAGCACUUGGAAUCAUAGACUCAAACAGCGGCCCAUGAGCUCACUCAUGUUACCAUAGGAUUCUAACCCUCUUUCUUUCCAAAAAAAAAUAAAGUUUAAAAAUUAAAAUAAAGGGGCAAUUUAACUCUAUCCUAUGAAGGAAGUAUUUUGCUUGCCCCAAGCUUAGUCCUCGAUUGCUACUGUAGUGAACUGCUUGUGUGGUUAAUUCAGGACCCUUGGCCUAAUGCUUGUGGACUUAACAUUAUUCUGAUGAUUAUGAUGAUUUUUUUUUCCCUAAUGCUGAACAGCACUAAACUGUGCAGACAGACUGUGAGUUCACAAGUCCACGUUGGUAAAGUGAUCAAGUGGACAGCUAAAUAUGAUCAAGAUGCCUUCUCGUUCUGAAUUCUGACCACUCGAAUAAUGACAAAUUGAAAUGGCGAGGACAUUAAAAUAUUAAAUGUGAAGCAGUCUGUUGAAGAAAGCGUAUAUUUAGGAUAUUGUUUUCUGUAGUUUUACUAAAUGUUCUAGACGUGUUGACAAUUACAGAAGCUUUGCGUGUUGGAAGAUUAUUCUGUGAUUUACUUUAUAGAGAAGAGAGUAUUUUUUUUUGUCUGAUUUUAUUGUAGCACACUGUUGGAUAACUGUGUAGACAGGACAUUUGUGUACAAAAUGCCAAAUGUAUUUGUUUUCCUUAAAGAGCAGUGACUGGGGCCUUUUAUAGAUGCAUUCUGUAGCUUUUAAUAUUAAUUUUCUGCCAUGUGCCCAAUUAUUUAAUUUUUUUGAUUGACACUGCUUAGUCUAUUUAAAAAAAAUGCAUUAGUAAAGUGUAUGUCCUUAAUAAGUUGGUGAACUGUCUCUGAACUUGUGGAGGUAUUUCUCCAUUAGGUUUAACACCAGCUUUCAGAUUUUAUGUUUUUCCGUUUCAUGUUUGAUUUUUAUAUUUUCCCCAUCAGUAAAUAAAAAUAA